AUGCGUCUCUCCGUGAGUCACAAUUCACUCCUACACCGGUUCCUGAGGUCCUAUGGAGGGGAACCUCGACCUCAACUGCCCCUUCGUCCCUGCUUGGUUCGGCAGCCCGAGCGCCAGCUCGCGAAGAAACGGGUGGUAUUCGCGGACACAAAGGGGUUGGCUCUGAUCACCAUCCACAACUUUUCAUGCGGUAUUAUAAAUUCUAAGGAGGAACUGCCGUUCCAGAACAGAAUUCUGCAGCUGGCUCCAGCCUGCGUCCCGCCUGGGUCCAGCUACGUCCUUGCUUUCUCUCAGCCCUUAGAUGACUACGGCCGCUUCUGCAGAUGCCUGCAGGCCCAGAAGGUGUGUCUGGAACAGUGUGCAGUACAGGGGCGCUUCUUGCAAGGUACAAUUCGGGUGCUCAACUUGGGCUAUGAGAAGGUCGUGCAAAUGCGCAUCACGUUCAAUGCCUGGACUUCUUACCACGACGUGCCCUGUGUUUAUGUGCCUCAACUUUUCAGAGGUGAAAUAGAUAUCUUCAGUUUCCAGGUGGCAUUGCCCCAGGGUCCUCCAGGCCCAGCUGGCACCAUCCAGUUCUGCUUCUCUUUUCAGUGUGUUCAGCAGAUUUACUGGGACAAUAACCAGGGUUAUAACUACCACUUGCAGCCCUCUGACUUCUACUUGUCUAGUAAGUGUAGUUCUGAGUCUCCCAUUUGA